CAUGAGAAAUUAUUCCGUCACCGGCUGAAUUUUUCGAUGCCGAACUAGGAAGGUGUGGCAGGCAAAAACUGGUUGUUUCCGCUUUCUCCAUCCUUAUUUCCACCGCAGAGAAUGAAUCUUUUAAUCCCCAAUAUCCCACAGCAGAUCUCAUUCUCCAAAUCAGUGUCACUGUCACUCUCAGUAUCGGUGACACCCACUCCCCAGCCCCCCGUGCGCCCUCGGUUUCCCGCCAUAAUCCGAAUGGGCGGAGGACCGAGGACGUACCCGGGCGGGGUCUCCAAGUGGCAGUGGAAGCGCAUGCAGGCCAAGAAGGCCAAGCAGCUCCUCAAAGCCCGCCUCUCCCGCGAGCGUCACAUUUAUGAGAUGCGCAAGCGGGCCGAGCUCCGGGCCGCCGUCUCCGACCUCGAGAGACCCUGGGAGCCCGUCCAGCAGGCCCCUACCUUGUUCUCUGUUCGGGCCGAUGAGCAAGUCAAGGUCCUCGCCGACAGGUUUCAAAGACCUGGUGGGUUUGACCUCUGGAGCGAGAAGGACGGGCCUCAGUUGUUUGAAACACCUGAUGAGUUGCCAUCUGCAAGGUUCUUCCCCAAAGGGGUUGUUCAUAGUAUCAGGCCUUAUAGGAGGAUUGAUGCUGAUGAGUUGCUGGGGAAGGGUAGCGGGGUUAGUGAUCAUAGAGAUGGAGAGGAUUCUUCUUCUGCUGCAAGGUUUUCAUCUGAGGGUCUGGAUGAUGAGUCUGAUGAUCAGGAGUGUUCUUCAGCUUUGUUGAGCUCUUCAGAGAAUAAUGGGGUGAGUGUUGAUGGUGGAUUGAAGAAUAAUGGGAGGAAUAGGAAUGCGAGGAAGGGAGUGAAUUCUGGCGGCCGAAUGAGGAAGAAUAGGAAUGGAAACAGGCUUAUGUCAGAGGGUGGUCGUGAUGGGUUUGAUAAUGAAGUGUGUUCUUCUUCUUCUCCUUUGAGUUGUGGAAGAAGUGGUGGGAAUUAUGAUGGUAGAAUGAGAAGGAAUACGAAUGGAAGGAGGCCUUUUUCAGAGGAUGAUGAGGAUGGAUCUGAUGAUGGAGAGUAUUCCUUUUCUCCUUUCAAUUCUGAGAGGAAUGGAGUUGACGGCAGAAUGAGGAAGAAUGGCAAUGGAAGGAGGUUUCCAUCAAGGGAUGUUAGUGGGUCUGAUGAUGGAGAGUAUCCCUCUUCUCCUUUUAGUUCUGAGAGGAAUGGAGGGAAUGUUGAUGGGAGAGUGAGGAAGAAUGGGAAUGGAAGGAGGUUGGCAUCCAGGGAUAUUAAUGGGUCUAAUGGGUCGUACUCUGGCCAAGUUGGUUCUGGUAUGAGGCGGGGUCGGGGUAAUCCUAGUGCCAACAGAAGAGGUAGUGCCAACAGAAGAGGUGGAACAUACAGUAGCAGAAAUUCAAGCUAUGAUUCGCCAAGAGUCAGAGAUUCUAAUUCUGAAGUUUAUGAUAUGGAUUUGCAACAGGAUGGAAGUUACGGGUUCCACAGGAAGAGUGAGCAAUCUAAAUCUAGAAAUUGUUAAUGGUUUGAACACUCAGUCAAUCAAGGCAUUGUAGAGGAUGAAUCGAGUGCUGCUAUCGGCAAAAUGUUUCUUGAGGAAGGUGACAGAUGCGGAAAAUGUAUUGCCAUUUUGGUAGGCCUUUCUAGUCAGCUUAAUUCCUCAGAAUUUAUUGAUUCCAUGAAAACAACAAUGUCUUGUCUGAAUAUGCGGCAAGUUGAAUUUGCACAAGGACCUGUCAAAUACUAUAUUAUUUUGUAUAUAUUACAUUUGAGUCUUGAAAGAAACAUUACUCGUUAUAGCUAUUUAUCAUUUAUGUCUUUAGUUGAAAUCCAUAGAAGUUUUAAUUUUCAUGAUUGCCAUGUAGUUCUUCCUGGGUGAUCUGUUCUUUAAUUCUGUGGUAACUGACCUAAAGUAUUAGUACGAAUGAGGUCAUAGAUUUGUUGAAACAAUCUCAAUAUGAUGAAUUGCUGAUCAAUUCCUAAAUUGUA